AUGAUCUCGCCAACCCCACAAGGUGCGGUUAAAGAUACCGCCAACCUACUGCAUUGCCUCCGGCAGUUUAUGCGGACAUUCUCCCCGGUUCCUCCCAGGUCUUCCGCCUCUCCGUCUUAUCUCGAGAAGGACUUGGCUACGUGCUCUCACGUCCACCUUCGAUGUGCUCGAGUCCGCCGGCCCCUGGAACCACUCCACGAUGGCCCUUCCGAGUUAUCUCUCGUGGGACGAAGAACUUCCGCAUUUAACGCAGCACUCGCGAGGAGGUCGUAAGCGUGGACCGUCUCAAAGCUGCCGUCCCGGACACUCCUCCGGAUGAGCCCUGUGGUCCCCUACCCCCUGUUCCGCCUCGCCGACCCUCUAUUUCUCCGUCCCGCAUACUUCCUCUGCCCUCAUGUCCACAACCCCCAACUGCAACUACCCCUUCAUCAACCAUAAACACUGUAACCGCGAGCCAUACUCGCUCUACUCCUGUGCCCCCUGUAUAUAUCGCCCGUAGUGGACGCCAUGUUCACUUUCCUGACCGUUUCGUUACUCAUGUUUUUUUAGACAUCAACAGCUCCUUCGGCAUCGCUACGCGCCGCCUUCGGUCUAGCCGGGGGGUACUGUAGCAGUUCGCAUCUCCUCACCCUCCGCCUUUGUCAUGCUGCCGUCCUGUCCGCCUCACACUCCAUGUCGAUACGCUGCUGGGCUGCACGAGUGCUCGAAGCCAAUCAACGCUGUCCCCACUCUGGUUAGCUGGCGACGUGGAGACAACGAAGGGCGCACACACGCGCUAAGACAACACCUCGAAGGCGGACACAGACAACAGCUUGCUUGGAGCGCGCUCGCGUCGACUGCCUACAGAGCCCUUGUGUACGCACUUCCUUAGGCAGUAAAGGUUGUCUAACUCGAACCGUCUUCCCUGACUUUUGAUUGGGAAUCUUUAUAUUGUCGACCACACGACUUCGACAGGCCAAUGAAAGCCCAAUAUAUAAAGGGAGAGAGAAGACUUCACCAAACAGCUUCAGACCAGUGGGUCUCGAGCAUUUAUUGCGAGCUAAUGGGGAAAAUAAUGAAAACAGACCUGAUGGGGCACACUGAAUAGACCAAUUUGCUUAAUGUUCAUCAACAUGGAUUUAGAAGCGGCCGACUCUGCAUCACUCGCCUGCUUACAUCCAUGGAAGGCUAGAUGAAAUCAUUAGAAAUAGGUUUGUCAGUAGAUGCAGUCUGCAUUGACUUCAGCAAAGCUUUCGACAGGGUUCCGCACGGACGGCUGAUGUCUAAACCGCGUCAAAUUUGUGUGACUGGCGGCCUAGUAAAAUGGUUUGCUCACUUUCUCACAGGCGGACGUCAGCGUGUUUGUAUUGGGGACGUCAAAUCGGAAUGGUAAAUCAUUCACAGUGGGUUCCCCAACGGAGUGUUUUAGUUCCUAUUUUGUUUUGGAUAUAUGUGAACGAUUGCCUGUACUGCCUGACCUGAAGAAUGACAAUGUUCGAUUAUGAUUCGAUGAUAUUGACUUCAAUAUAUAAGCCAGGGGAUGCGCUGAAAUUGAAAACCAAAUAAGAUCGAUUGCAACAGUCAUUUGAUGAAUGGCUUCUCAACCCCAGCAUUAACAAAUGUCAAGUCAACCAGUUACGGUCUACGCGCAGAAAGGCUGCAAGAUUCGAAUGUAAAUAUUUCAUCGUUGGUCACUAACUCGAGCCAGUAAAUGAGCUAAGAGACCCAGGUGUAUGGACGACGCUCACUUUCAAACCGUCGUCUCACUGCGCCAAUGUAGUAAAAAGUCUAUGGGUAUCCAAGGAGCGAUCAGGAGAUCCUACUUUAACUUUGACGAGGAGCUUUUUGAUUGACUGUUUGUAACAUUUACCCGUCAAACUUUAAAAUCGGGCAAGCUUUUUUUUACCAGGAUGUGGUUGAAUAAUGGAUUAAAAUUUCUUAUUCUCUUGUUCGGAGGUAGUUUUUCUCACAUUUUAAAGAAGACUUGAUAGCUGUCAGGUAAUAGCCAACUGCUUAAUUGACAAGAGUAAACAUGACGCACCCAUAUCGCUAUAUAAUCUUAAGCACGUUGUCUGUUCAUUGUGCGCCUGUAAAUAUCGUUUUCCAAGUCUCUUCGUGCCCACCUUGCAUACCGAACUAUACUGAAUAAACCCAGACAAUGGUAGGCAAUCACUGCAAUUAUAAAACGCGGGUAGGUCAUAACGCCUAGCGUCAACGACGUGUCGUGAACCGCAUUUACUGCUUUGAAAACAAGACCUAAUCACUGUACUCCUUGAUAAAAUCGGCGAGGGCAUCCGAUGACCAGUGACUUUUCCUCUCAUAUGGUCUGGGGUAAGCCGAAGAUUCAGCAAAACGUCAGAGAGGUAUAAAUUUUGAGUAAAUUACAGUAAAAAUGGAACAGUACAUACAUUUGCAUAAGUGAGGAUAGUCAUACUGCAAAAAAUGCGAGCAGUAUAAAAUAGUGAAAAAUCGACAAAAAUACCAAAAAACCAAAAAAUACCAAAAAAACGCAAGGGAAAUUACAAUAAAUAAUUCUAAAUGGCUGUUUUGUGUCUGCAACAAAUCAUCUCUAAGGAAGACAUUAGGAAACAUUAGAAGCUGUCAACAAAUCCUUUUUGUCCAUUUGUGUUUGAGUUUCAAACCGACCAUAUUUUUGACAACCCCAUAAAACAGAAUUUUUCUAUAACAAUCAAGAGGUGCCUCUCGCAUACUCCUGGCUUAGAUCAAAAGUGUCAACUCCGGCUUUAUUGGACUCAUCAUAAUUCAGAGGAGACAUGAAAUAACUUAUGGAUAUUUGUAGGCGACGUCAGUUUCUUUAGCUGGUCGCGUCUAGUUUCAUUUCCACCGGUCAGUUAAUUUUUGUUUCACUAUAAAACCCAUUCUGAAAUUGGUCUGAGCUUCGACGUGUAUGGAUAUUUCGAAAAAUGUGUGAAGCAAGUGAAUAUGAUCAUUGCAUAUUCUUUCUUUAAUACCAUUAGCGAAAGCUUUUGAAGGUCACACCGCCCAUUCGAAAUUAUAAAUCAAGCUUGCGUCGUAGACACCAAAAGUCAGAUAGACUGUACGUGUUAUCACGGUUGCCAUCCUAGACCCCUUACUUCGUAUGUAAAACUGUAUCGUAGUGAGAAUUUGCAGUUUUCAUAACAUAUAUAAUGGCGAGAAAAUAGUGCUACAUCGUCUGAACGUUCGACAGGCGACCCUUAUAGGGGGCCUAGCCCCAAAUUGUCCCGGAGGCCAUGUGUUGGCAGGGUAGCUAGGAGGAAGCUUCGUCCGGAACAAAUACGGGAAUCGAUCUUUUGUUGGACUCUUUCUACAGCGUGACCUAUACGUGAAACGUGCCUGUGCCUAAUUAACCGUAAAACAUCUCGGUCCUAAUUCGGACGGAGUCAUAUGGAACAGGCAAGAAUCCCGGCCGUUUUGUUAAGCAGGAUUGUGCAAAUCACUCAUCUAGCGAAACCAUCAAUCCAUACAAAGUCACAUUCACAGUGUGCUUUCCCUGUUGGUAUUCGAGUACUUGAUCACGCAUUAGAUUUACCUUAAAAUAUUUUUGUCGUGCAUUCUUAAACCGCCUUCAGUUCUUACAUCUUAAUACAGUCACGAUCUAGACGAAACUUAUUUGGAGCAUUAUAGAUUAGUGUAUACUGUUCGACUUGGCUUAUUUGGUCACGUCUGGCAGUGCUCAAAUAAAUAAGUAGUCUUACAUGAGUACGUGCCCAAUAUUGCGGCCGUUUUCGGAACAGCAUGACAUCUUUUAAUACUAUUUUUCCUGCUUUUGUUUCUUGUAUGCUUAACGUUCCACUACCGAAACAAAUGGACGGAAAGUAUUUUAACAUGGAUGUACACAAAACAAAAUCCUGUUAAGAGUAAUCUCCAGUAUCUUUUUGUAUUAUCUGCUGACUAGAAAGAGCAGUUUAUGCUUCCGUCAUGGUGUCUAUUUUUCUUAUCGUACCAACUUUUCUUCUCGUUGUACUCUAUGCUGAGAAAGCUAUAUCCUCGCAUGUGUUUACUACUUUGCUUGAUUCGUCGACUUGUAAUUCCUUUAUACUUAAAUGUGCUAGAAGUUGGAACAAUAAUUUUUAAGUUUUAGAAUUGUUAUUUCCAAGCAUUUGCUGAGGAAUCGCUCAUUGUUGCUGAUAGUCUAUUGCGCAAACGCGUGUCAUUAAUGUUAUUUUUAAUAACAUCUUAACUGAUUAGUCCGAAUUUUAAAUCCCACUAUAUAUUGGCUGCAUACAUUUGUCAGGCUUGAUAUUGUACACAUUAUCAUUACAGCUGCAUAUUAAUACAACUUACGGAAAAGGAUGAAUGUGAAACCACUGGAGGAUUUUGGGAGGCGUCUCAAAUCGGAAUCAAGCUGCCGCAUUAAUUUUUGUCCUAUGCUUGUGGGAUCGCAUAAUUUCGUAUCCGGCCCUCGAUCAUAUCUUCAGAAGCCCGUCAGUAGCUCAUGGCAGCCGUUCUCUAAAUGCCCAUCGACGAAAGCAGAGCGAAAUGCAAACUUUUCCUCGGGCACUCUUAAGGAAUUCAAGAAGUUUAGGGUGCCUUCAAUACAUUCGUUUGCCAGAGAUGCAUUAUACACGCGAUCAUCACCUGCUCUCUGGCUGUCCACUUAUAAGAACUGUCUAGAAAAUCUGCGGGUCGAACAAAACGCAUCAGAACGCUUUCGAAUCCUUUCUAAAAAUCUGGCCAACGAAACCGCAGAACAAACUGACAUCGCACAGGCCGACAGCAAGCGUCAUUUGGGUAAAUGGGUUUUACUAUUUUAUUUUGAGUUUCAUUAGCUAGGGAUAAAGAUGUUUCUGUGGGAAAAUUGGCCGACUUUUAAGGAUAUUAUUAGGCGUUAGAUUAACGGGAAUGUUUCGUAAAAAAAGGUUUUUUAAACGGCCUGCAGCUAUUUAGAAUUCAAUUGGAUUCGUUAGAUGACACUUAGAAAUCAUUAAAAAACACUUAAUUUGGAAAACGGCCCUAUUUUCUUAAUGGCGCGUGAAAAAAAUGAUAUAAACUAUCCUCUUUGUACUAGAUUUUGGAGCUUUGUUUGCAAUGGGUAACAUAAUGUUUCAUUUAGUCAGCAGACCAUUUCUAAAGAGUGAAUUCCGUCAGAAAAUCUAGAUUUGGCUGUCAAUCUGUUUGAAUAGCAGUUGUUAUUGGGCUGAAACUAGCGUAAUGUUAGGCAUAAUUUUGACGCAACCGUGGGAUAUUAGGACAAUUACGCAAUGCAAAUUGGUACACCUGUCAUUACCUUACGAUUCAUGGCCCUUCAUUUAUUUAUGUCCAGUUUAAAUAACUCAGACCAUUAGCAAUGAUACAUAAAGAAAUAUUUAGGGAAAUUUUCACGUUGCAAAGAUAGAAAAAUCGUCCUGUUUGGAGGGGCAAAUACUUAUCAUGCACAACUACGGGAGAUAUCACAAUGUCCAAGUGUGGUAUGAUCAAAUUUUAUGGAAUUUGAGAAAUCACCAACAUGAACGGAAUGUUCUUUGACCCUAUUCAUAGUUCUGUAAUCUACCCUUAGAUACUUCCUCCUAAUGAACAAAAGUAGCUGCUUGACAGCAAAAGCGAAAUUUGAUAAAAAUGCUAUGUCCUGAAUAAUAUCAGGGCAAAGGAAGCCAAGUACUUUUUUCCGAGAUUUUGUCCGCCUGCAUAAUAGGAUAAGGAAGCCGCGCCUCCCUCAUUGCUACAUGUUUUGCAUGUGAAUCGCAAAUCUUUCGCUUAAAAGUCCUGUUCAUUGAUCAUGUAAUACCUAAGUGCAGACCACUUAAUUUUUACUACGCAAACGGAUCUAUUGGCAGCCAUUUUUGCUCUCAUAAUCUGGCUCGCUGACGACCUCACGAAAUUCAAAAUUACACUCCCAGCAUACUAAGCCUCGUGGGUCACAGUUGCCGUAUUUUGAGCUAAAAAGAGAUGUCAAGGUCAAUCUAAAGCAAAAGAAGGUCUUGACUAUCAUUAUAAACUAUGCUGCUUUUUAUUUUCUGUCCUGAACAACGGAUUUGUUUGCGUAGGCCAAUACUAGGCUCAAUAAGACAGUUUUGGCUUUUGCGAGUAUUGCCGUUCGAAAUACGUUCACAAUUUGAUAUACUUUAAGCAAUAAUAAUUUGCCGGAUCCACAUGUGGAACUUGUCCGUUAGUCUUUCUUAAUCCUGGCUAUGUAGCGCCUAUAUUUGUCAAGGCCCGUCAUUUAAAUGAUUAAACUGUUGUCCGUAAUGUGCGAUCAUAUAAUAUGGUUUUAUGUAAAUGAUACAUCAAAAGAUUACGACACUUCAAGUGCGGAGUUGAAUACCAAAGAACUUGCGAAUCUGCUUUAAAGAAGACGACUUUUCUAACAUCGAACAAACGGUUUAUUUGCGAGAAUUUUGAUGCUAAUAUGGAAGUUCAUUGUGAGUGGUAAGAAGACAACAACAAGAGUCCGGACAUUUAUGAGAGGAUACAGUUAACGUUGGAAGUCGAUAAAGGAAUAGCAUCGAAUGGCAUAAGAGUGUGGAACACUUCCAGCGCUUACUAAUUGAUAUCGCCAAUGUGUUCAAUCGGUGCGAUCCUUCUUAGCAGCAAUGGGAUCUACGAAAUCCGUUAAUAAUAUUUAUACACCGUCAACGAUAUCAAUAACCAAGUAAUGCGAAGAUGAAAUUUCGUUUCUGACCCUAAAAAGUCAUGUCCCAGAGAUUUAACACCAAGUCCUGCACUGAUUAAUUUCUGAAAUUAUUCGCUUGAUUAUUCUCUGGAGUUCAUAUACCAGAAACCGCUAGAGAACGCUGGGGGUCCCACUGAAGAGCCGAACCCCUCGCAGCUGUGUCACGCAGCGGCAGAAUAUCGGCGAAACACGUGUCUGGGCUUUUAGCAAGUAUCUACGUCGGGAGUACGGUAUAAUACCUUUACUAUAUGGACAGAUGUGCUUAUUUGGAUGUGAGUUUGCGUAAAGCCCUCCGCAAAUGCAUGUUGUGUAACCAAGGUGAUAAUAUUGGUCAAUAGACUACUGCGACACUACGGACUAGAACAGGAAGGGGUAGCUUUUGACAUCAGUCUCAUGCAGUCAAUGUUUGUCGUCCAUUUGGCUAAGCCUAGCGGACUGUUUAAGAAGCAGGAAUUUAGGCGGAUGGGUUCAAGCAGAUGCGUGCAUGCGAGUGUGCACGUGCGUGCUUUGUACGGGCAUUAAACUGGGAGCGUACGUAGGACAUUUAAUUAUCCGUGUUUUGACAAUGGUAUAGGAAGCGAGAGAGAGUGUGAAAACAAACCUCUACUCACAAACCGGGCUGCUAGCGGUAACAAUAACGCUUCCUUUAAUGGUCUGAGAAAAUUUAGGCUAAACAGACAGUAAAAUUACAAGUUUCGAAAACAAAGACAAUGCAAAUUAUCCUUUUUUUUCCAUGCUGUGUAUUUUGCACAUAAACACAAAGAUGAGUAGAGAAGAGCAAACAUACGUGUUACUGGGCUUAUUAGAAGACAGAGUUUUCCUCAUGCGAACAACAGAUUUUACAACCAUAUUUGGUAACAAACUGCAGACUUGUGAUGUUGACUGCAUGGUGUAUGUAAGGCUCGUGUGGCUGGUUUUUAGCGGAAGGCUGCUAGGACUCAAACGGUUGAUAUACUUGGUUGUAUGCGUCAUAAAUAUAAUAGCAUUUUGAGCCGUGGGCGCAACCGUAAUUAUACCACUAUGGAAAAGUGAAAGAAAAAUCCCCUUAAUAGGGGCUCGUAAAGCCAGGUAGGGGAGGCCUAUAAAACUAUUAGGCAGUGCUAUCCAUACCAUCCAAGAAAGGGCUUGAUUUAAUUGUGUUCUUUUUGUCGAGUGGACUAAUUCAGUAUGUCCGUUGGUAAACUCAGUCAGAGGAAUGCACUGCUUAGAAUUCCUGCCACGUUAACAUUGCAGAUAAAAUAAAAAGAACAUUUUCGAAGGCGAAUUACCUACAUGAUGUUGCUUCAGGUUGAUCAUAUUAGAAGUUAUGAGGAAGUAAAAGGCAUGAUGCCAUUAUUUAUUAAGGUCCAGAAAACUCAACCGAAUUGCCAUAUAAACAUGUGGGAGAUUGAAAACAUCCUGCAGUUACACUUGUGAAUUCUUGAGUUGGUGACACUUGAGGGAAUAUGCCGGAUGAAAACGUGAAAAGCUCCUUUAAGACUGCAGUAUUUGCAUCCGAUUAUAAGGGUUUCCACAUUUUCUAACAUGAUGCUCGCUAAUUUACAUUUUGCGAAGAUUGGAUCAGCGCCCAUGCGGUAGUCUUUCGAUUCUAGGUGCGUUCGGUCGGGUUGUGAAAAAAUGUGGUUUGUUUAAUCGAUGAAUAUUAUAUAUCGGUCAAGAAAAAGUCUUGUUUUCGUUAUGAAUGGGCCUGAUUCAUAACAUAGCGCUGGAACUUACGAUAACUGAGAUAUUUUUGAACAAAACACCCAGUUCAGUUUUGUCAACUAUGAUCUAUAGCAUUUGGUUCUCGGGGAAACUAAAACGCGUUCUGCGCCUGGACUCUCCAGCCUCUUCACAUGCUCACGGCUAAGUUUAAGUAUCCAUUUUCAGAUCACAAGGAUCUAUCUACCAACUUCUGUGAGAGCUAAAUUGCUUAUAUUUAAUACUUAGUUAACCCCAUUAGGAUUCCGAACCGUUGCGCAUAUUUACACUGUUUAUCAUUGUUUCCCAUAUUUCGCCACUUCCCGAGCCCUCGUCCUUUAAGGUAGCCAGUUGCUGACUAGAUUUUGACCAAGAUGAACUCUACUUUUCGUCUAAAGCCACGAAACAUUGUCACUAUUUGGGAUAUUAUUCCGCGUAUAAGUAUUAAUUUAAUAAAAUCCACGAUGUUAUGUGGAAAUGUCGUCAUUUUGUUAUUGUAGGGUGUUUGGUCUGAGGCUGAGCACGUUUUUUGACUCCUAUGGGCUCCCCUCAGGACGGUGUGCUUUUAAGAUAUCAACAUGAAACUGAACAUACUGUGUAAUUGCGUCAUCUAACUGAAAGAUCGAUUGCUGCACAUAUUAAAUGAUAAAAUGCACACAAGAGACAAUUAUUUGCCUGAGUGAGAUGUGUUGACCGAUAGAUUUUGGUAGAUCAUUGCUUUAUAUUCCCUUUACAAUUCUCAAAGUAUGUUCAGUUUAUAUUUUUCAGAAGAGCAUCUGUACAGGGACGAAUAGUUCGACUCGGCAUUUUCAUCAACCCUUACGUUUUUCAACAACUCAGUAGCAAUGUGCUGUUGUGAAAAAUGUUAGUUUUGGAUUAACAGUUUUCUGAUUUGUUGCUAUUGGCCUUCUCCCAGGAAUACCGACUAUCAAAUGGGCAACAAAUUUUUCUGAAUUCACGCAAUAAAGUAAAUCCAACAAGAUGCAUUUGUUUUCUUGAGGUCUUGCGAAAUCAUUCAUUGACCACUGACCUCACGCUACAGAUUCCAGGGUCCCUUAAAUUUGAGGUCAUGGCGUCACAUAUGUUGACCUCAAUCCAGGUCUAUUGUUCCGUUGCCAUUGAUUGUGCUCGCGAUGGAUCUUUUGUGAUCUUGUGGAAAUAACAACAAUUAAGACUGUAUACGCCAUCUUCUGGUACUAAAAUAAAACUUUCGGAGUUUUGGAUAAGUGCAUAGCACGCCCACCUAUCUAGAAGCAUACUACACAUAGUGUGGGCAGUGUCGUCGAAAGUGUAAUCACCUAAAAAAUGGAAGAAAUGAACUCCCUUAUUGUUGUGCCAAUCCCUUCAAUUCGUAUCUGAGCCAGUUGGCUUUCUAAACUGGUUAUCCAAGUAAUGGAUCGUAAGGCAAAAUCUCAGGAUUGGAUUUGCUUUAUUAUGUCAUUUAGGUUUAAUUUAUACGGAAAAAAGGGAAAGCCAUACCCAGCACAGGUUUUUAUUUUUUUCUGAGAGUGCUUCCAUGUACACAAACGCCUGUGGCUAAGGAGCAUUUUCACGACACUUUCCUGUCAUCCGCUCAGAUCUACAGUAAGUGACCGAUCUCAUGAAAUGUUGGCUGAAAUUUUGAAAUGCGUUUACGAUUAGGAAGGAUUACUUGGUCGCGGUUGUAAUAAUGAUUAUCUUGCGGCAUAGUCUUAUAACAUUUCGGACUCGGCAGGAUGUCGGCUUUUAAAUGCACCUCUUUUCAAUCUCCUGUAGAAAGCGUGCUUGGUAAAAAAGGACUACUUACAUAGCAUGCAUUUUCCCAUUGGUUUUCGAUGGUCUUGCGAAUUCAAAUAUAUUUUAUAGAAACCAUCAACAAAAAUAUGCUUUCUUUUAGUCGAUCAAUAGAGAAUCACGUCUUCUUUAUAUUUUAUACUUAAGAAAGGAGUAUAAUUAGAUUUUAGAAAAGUUUUCUAAAUUCCGAAUAAUUUGGAGCCUGAUCAUUCGUUGCAUUAGCGCUUAGUGAUUUCGGUCUACAACGUGCAUGCGAGCUGCGUAAAGAAAAUCACAUAUUUUUCUAUGCCAUUAAAAAGAUAUCACACAGAGUCCACGAAAUUUUGCAAUGGAUGCGGACCAUGUUGUACGUUUCAUGAGGAGCAGUGGUAAACGGCAGGGGCGAUACUAUGUGAAUGGACAUUUCGCGGUCUUAAAAAGUCUCAUAAUUAUAAACUUUUCUAAAACUUAAUUAUACUCCUUUCUUAAGUAUAAAAUAUAAAGAAGACGUGAUUCUCUAUUGAUCGACUAAAAGAAAGCAUAUUUUUGUUGAUGGUUUCUAUAAAAUAUAUUUGAAUUCGCAAGACCAUCGAAAACCAAUGGGGAAAUGCAUGCUAUGUAAGUAGUCAUUUUUUACAGAGUACGCUUUUUACGGGAGAUUGAAAAGAGGUGCAUUUAAAAGCCGACAUCCUGCCGAGUCCGAAAUGUUAUAAGACUAUGCCGCAAGAUAAUCAUUAUUACAACCGCGACCAAGUAAUCCUUCCUAAUCGUAAACGCAUUUCAAAAUUUCAGCCAACAUUUCACGAGAUCGGUCACUCACUAUAAUAUGAAAAAUGCGGCCAUUUACAUAAUCGUACCUUGUUCCAACCUGUGCGUUUGAUAAUGAAUUAGCAAUGGUGUAAAAAUUUGCUUCAAAAUUUGACCUUCAGAAGCGCAAAAAAUAGACAUUUACAGAGGCAUUUCCACUCAUACAUGGGCGGAAAAAUCUAGUAAGACCCAAAACGCACUUACUCCUUCAUAAGAGCACCUUAUUAUUGUGCUCAUAGGCUGCGAGGAAAUGGUUCUGACCACUUGACAUCUUUCACUUUUUAUUCGAUGUGUACGGUCAUUGACUGGCUAUCGCCGUUUUUUGAGAGCAACUGAAAACCCUGCGUAAGUCAUCGAGUAUUCCGUGGUUUGAAUAGCACCAUUCACGUACAUCGUUCCUGGCAACUAUAAAUAACCCAUACUCGUUAAGUGGGCGUCAAACUGUCCCGAGUUUUAUAUCUAGGCUACGGAUUGAACAAAAGAUCAGGACGCUGUAUUGUCGGAGGCCAAUGUGAAAACGUUCGUGCCGUCCUGUUUUUCUACUCUUGUUACCUGACAUUAGACUUUAAAUUAUAGUUCAAAGAGUAUGCAAAAAAAUUUAGUAUUUCUACCCUGCCCAGCUUUUACACUAAAGAGAUCGUCCAGAAGGCGGGACAAAGCUCUGGGGAGUCUGAAAGGCAUCGCUACGCCGACUCAGAAAGUAAAGCAUUUUAGGUUCGUGGUUUAGUCCUGUCUGGAAGAACGUUUGAUGAUGUAAAAUUUUCCUUUUUUCAUAGAAGAAAGUACUUACGGGUGCGGGGCUUGUUGGACUUCCUACGCAAAAACCUUUGUCCAAUUUUGGAUUGUUUUGGUUUUAGUAAAAAUAUUCUACGAAUUUAAAGACACCAAAAAUUGCACAACCUAGGAAAAAUUCAUUUUGACAGGAAGCCUAAUAAAACAAAAAUGUAAGCGGGAUUCGAUUGAGUAACAACCCGACAAAUGUGUGGCAUCGCGUCGGAUAUCGCACUACACUUCACGCUUAUGAUCCUCAAAUCAGGAAUAUAAAUAAUGUAUAGAAGUAGAUGAUCUUGUUGUCUUUUACAAAUAAAAAUAAAUGCCAAGAAAUGACCUCAGCCAUUAGGAUAACCUUACGGCAUCAGUAAAGGGGCUUAAGAAAACCUGCCAAGUAGGUCUUGCAUGUUUCUCGGCGACAACUGUUCGAAUUUUUUUCGUUAUGUAGAAAACCGUGUGAUCGACAUUCACUUGGGCCUGGGUGAACUCGAAUGGGAAUCCAGACUGAACGUUGAGGAAUGGCAGAAACUGGACAGACAAAAACGAUCACUGGAAAAAUUAUUGGAAAAAACCGAUUUGCAAGCUCAAAUCGCGCAAGAGUGUCUUUACUACCGUGAGAAACGACAGGACGUUGAUUUGGUUCACGAUGUUGCCGAGAAGUCACUCUUAGCGGUAAGAAUAACGCCUUGAUGUAUUUCUGGAUAGCACGUGAGAUUCCUUUUAUCUUGCUUAAUUGUGAAAAAAUGUGUUUUUGAUUCCGACCUCCGUAACGAGACAAAGAAUACCCUUAACAAUACCCCACGUGUCCCUUCUGCAGCACGCAGGAUUGAGGCAAGGAGUUUUGGCCGUUUCCAGCGUUGAUUCGUGGUACUUCAGAUUUGCGCGCCUCGCUCUUAGAUUUGGCUCUCCCAGGCGAUGGGUGUCUUAGUUUGCGGCCUUAGUUUUCACGACAGUGGGUCACACCUGCUGUGUCGGGUCGAGGUACCCCAAGACGCAAGAAUUCAUUUGCAGGUGCGCGGGGAAGGUCUCGAUGAUAUCCCUUUAACAGUGUCACUUUCCGCUUUGUCCACGAGCACCUGUAGCAACGUCGUUUAAUAGCCGUUGUGUGGGCGCCUGUCAGCAUCGUGGUCAUAACAUCGCAGUUGUAUCUGUCUCAGCAUGGAGUGAGCAGGGAAGAUGUCGGUUCUUUCCGGGAUCUCAAUGCCGGAUAUCCCUUCUAACUACUCCACAUUCAAUGUUCUCCGGAGGCUGCUGAGGUAAAAUAGCUGAUUGUUAUUCCUUGUCUUCCAUAUUUCCGCCCCCGAGCCGGAGGGUUGCCAGAGCAACAGCUACGUUCGUCGUCACUUUAGUAUUGAGGAGGAUGCCGCUGGGAUUUCAGACGGAGUGCUUUUAGCUGGCCAAAGCUUUAGCUAACUUUCGAGAUCCGAUUUGCACUUUCAUCACAGAGCCCGAUAUUUCUUGAAAUCAUACCGCGCAAAUGGACGAAUUUAUCUACAAAUUCCGGGCAAGUUCCGUUCAUGCUGAUUAAGAGCUAGUUGUGCUCAUCAUUUGAUGGUGGUUAAUGCAUGACUACCAUCUUCGUGUUUGUGAUCAGGCCGAAGUUUGCGCAGCCAGAGACUGAGAAGUCCAUGUUCCUUUGCAUGUCCACUUCCACUACGAUGUCGAGCGAACAGUCAUUUGCGAACAAGAAGAUCAUGAAUAGUGGUUACGGAGACUCAUGCGGUUUGCCUGUGUACGUAAAAUAUUAGACAGUUGUUCGUCAGUACGGCAGGCGAUGUUGGUUCCUGGCAGCUCCUCAUAAUAGACUUCAUUCAGCGUUGAGGAGCAUGCGAAAGUAAAGAGGGUGGGAACAAGCACACAACCCUGCUUCACUUCAUUUGCUAGCGCGAAUGCUUCCCAGACUGCCCCUGUCUGUGACGCGUGCCGCCAUACCGUCGUGUAAUUGGCUCACUAUCUUCAUAAAACGUUCCGCACAUCCUAACUUCGACUUGGUUCUCCGGAGUCUAUAGCGGUCGACCACAUCGAGCGUCUUUGUUAAAUUUACGAAAGUGGUAUAGAGGUUGGUCCUCCUUUUUUGGUAGGCUGGCAGCGAAAGCCAUGUCGAUGUUUCUGCACUUCCCUUGAAUAUAUAUAUAUAUAUAUAUAUAUAUAUAUAUAUCGCGUUCAUCAUCUCCCGAAGAAGACGAAGAAGUAGAGAGGGCGAAUUCAUGGACCAUAUUGUAUUCGAACUGACGUUUCGGAAACUUCCUCGUUUCCAUCAUCAGAGUAGAGUAAUUGUUGCACUUGCCGGUCUUGAGUUGUUCAGUCUUGCCGCUUGCCUCGUAUUAUAGCCGUGCUGGACGCACGAACUUUGACCUGCCUGUUUGCCGCUGACUGGCUUAGACCUCCCAGGGGCUGACCGCUGACAGGCCUGCGUGACCUUUGGGGUCGGCGUAAUAGUGGUCAAAUCAACGUGCCGCUUAGCCUCUCCCACGUCAGCCGGUGGACUGAUCGGUCGUUGCUGUUCAGGUGAGCAGCAUUCAGCUUCGCGGGCGCAUCGGUGAGACUGUGUUCGGCUUUGGUCACAUGACCUCUGGUCCCCAAUUCUGCUCUUUUCCGUGAGCGUUGACUCUCGGUCCCGCGUGCUCGCGGAGAUGAUGAACGCGAUACAAUGUCUGGACCUCGAAUCUUUACGCAUAUCGAUAUAUAUAUAUAUAUAUCCGGGAACGCGCAUUUUUGCUUCAAUCAGCAAUAUAUAUAUAUAUAUAUAUAUAUAUAUUGGAUUUUAGAGAGGAUUUUUUGCCUCCGGUGAAGAUAUGGGCGAUUGAACGAGACGCGACCAAAGACAACGCUUCUGGUUUUGAGGAAAUAGAUGACUCUGUGAUAGUCACAGAGUUGUCUGCUUCUUUUGCCAUUGUACGUAAAGACCAUGAUGGCACCCUUAAAGCAUUCAGAAAUGUACUUGUAGCAACAUCUCCUAAAGUAGCUAAGCAAGUUCUUUCAUGAGUUGUGACUUCUAGAUUACAACUGAGGGUGAGUUAGCGCACAGACCUUUUCGACUGGCCAUUUGGUCCACAAAUUUAUAGCGAGAGUGGACGUUCGACGUUUGUGCCGAUUUCCAUCUGAGAGUCCUUUGAUAGCUUUUCCGCUGACUGUAGAGGGCUAAUUGAGGACGUCUCUAAGUGCUCAGCCCAGAGCUCCGAAAUUUUCAAUACCUCCGUUAGGAGAAUUUAUUCAUCGAGACUGGUAGUGGCAAAGUCGCCCUGAUUUGUGAUCGCAAACCGCCUUAACGGAUAAGAGAAAGUUCGCCAUUUUGUUGCGGUCUGCAUACCUUUGGAUUCCCUCAAUCUUGAGAGCCAUCCAAACCAUUUGCAUCCCCCUGAGUCGUUGCGACGUCGCGUUUCGACAUCGAAAGAAAGCCGCCAUGUCGACCUCGAGUCCAUGAGUAGCGUAAGUCGCGUGUAGCCUACCCUUCUGGGAGAACGGAUUGCGGACCUCCUCGUCAUUGCCAUCGAACCAGUCCUUCAGGUGACGGCGUGCACGACUGAGUACGCCCAGAGUAGUGAAGUGGAUGACAGUCGGCAGUUGACUUCAUUUCGUCCCAAAAACGGUGCUCGCUUCUGGAGCUUGAAUUUGAUCCAGACGAACAGUCAGGCGAUUGCUAGAAUCUAACUGGCCGUCUGCCAUAUCUAGCAAUAUAGUAUUUAGCUUACCUAGCGUGCGCUUACCUUACGGAUGCCUGUGGGGUAGCAGUUGCUAUCUCAUUCGGGAAACGACGAUACAGUGGUCCGUCAAGCAGUGUGCACUACACAUUACAUUGGUCACUAGCAUAUCGCGUUGGUCACACCUCGGAUGUGAACGCAGUCCAGCAGAUGCCAGCGACGCGAGUGAGUGUGCAUUCACGUCGCUUUCGCACGCAUCAGAAGACAGAAGGAGGCGUUGACUGUGGAAAGACUGUGUUUCGCACAGGCCUGCAGGAGAAACAACCGUUUACGUUUCAACAGCCGAUCCCAUGAUGACCGAGCACUCCCUCCCGGACAGCAUGGCCUGUGCUGACGGGGGUAUUGAAGUCACCAAUGUCAGUAUGUCAGUCACUAGGAAGGCGCGCCCGUCCUCGUAGAACUUGUUCUUCAUGUCACGGUUGGUCAUUGAGUGGAGGGCGUAGGCACUGACGACGGUAGUGAAUUUGCUCCCGCUAAGAGGCAGAUAGCGCGGAGUCGUGAGACGUUCACACGGGGGUUCUGCGGCAAACAGGGUAUUUCUCCCACGACGUCGCUCCUGAUGGCAAAGGCGAAUUUGGUGCCAUAUGGCUCUGUUUCUGGACGUCCGCUCCAGACAUCCUCAUCUGAUCCAGCCCGUCGAUCAAAAACGAUUACUGAAGUGCGGUCACUGUGCUGAUCAAGGUCUUGUGGAGCCAUAGAUGACAGCUGGAGGCGUGGAAAGACGAAACAGAAGUAUCCACCAGGUUUAUUCAUGCGUUUUGCGGAGAGCGUCAGUGUAUUGCUUACAGGCGCUUGUUAUCAUCACGGUCGUGCCUACGGCAACAGGCCGACAUGGUGAGGAGUGACAUCAAAUGACACCAUGAUCUUGUCUCCAUUGAGUUACAUUCCCUCGAGACGUUUCAGGAACCGAGCAAAUGAGCUGGCCAUUGUCUUUCCGUUCGAAGUAGGAAACAUUAAACUUUGCAACAGCCAUUUAUGCAUGUCAAGUUUUGGUGGGCGCUCAAUGAAACAAGUUCCCGUAAGAGGAUGCUGUCUCUGUGAAGGUUGGGUAGCCCGUGGGACGCUGCUCUCGUCGCAGCUGCUGGACAUGCAGCCUUCCUGCUUACUUAUUAAUUAGCUUGUCCGCUGGUCGACGUGAGUUCUAUCAAGCCAAGUUAUCGGCCUUCGCAUCGGUUCUAUGCCUAUCGACCCUCAAACAGGCUUUUGGUCUCCUGAACGUAGUCAGCCUCACCAGGUACCAUUGUAGAACGCUCCUAGCCUGCUAAUAGUACCACAAUGCUCGUGUAAGCUCUCAUUUCCUAAAUAACAUCAUACUGCGCCAUAGCAAUGAUGGUGAAGAAGGUUCGAACACCAGAACACUUUAUUUAUUGUCCUGAGCUUAUAGACUCGUACAGCAGUCCAUCGUCAGAGGUAGUGGCAGAAACAGAACAGGCGGCAUUUAUAAGGCAUGUAGGUCCAAUCAUCGACUGACGGCGCAAGACUGGAGGUGAUUACCCAGGGCUCUGUACGCCGGCGCCAUGAUUACAUGGUACAUGAUUUGUGCUCCACCAAUAAGGCGACACUUUACUGCCGAAUAAGACGCUUUAUUUUGUUAAAUUUCUCGAUUUGGUUGAGGAUUGAUACGACCUUGGCCACAAAGUUGACCGGACCGGUGUCUGCGCCGUACGUUUUCAACCGCAGUUUUUGAAGACAGUUUGGGCGUCAGAAUUUGUUUUAUUCUUAGGGCUGGUGACAUAUAUUUUUACGCUAACUACGAGCCCAGAAUUUAGUUUUUCUCUCGGUUCUCUGGCCCAUCUAGUAGCCACCUGUUAUGACAGCGUGAUUCCAUCCUCACCGAUGAGCUCAGAUCACCUUUCAGCUGCAUAACCCAAAGGCUCGGGACAUUUCCGAAGUCGAGGUUGGUGCUCUUCCAGGAGCGUCUGCCUAGUGGCCUCACCCACUGUUUUGCCAGGGCAGUGCUCUUUGGCAGCCGGUAAGGGAAGCUCCUCAGUGGCCCAUGGUUGUCAGGACAUAUACGGGGAAAUGAAUUUGCACAUACGUCGAUUAUAUAUGCAUAUAUGCUGGAAGGAAGAUGAACAAGGAGAAGGGAUAUUGGGUUGGCCAUUUCUAAAUUGUUUUCUGUAGUCAAUAUAGUCCUACCCGAUCUAUUCAUACAUAUUUGCCGGUAUGGCAGACAUAGACUGCAUCCCAACUGGUGCAUCACACUUCAAAGCUUCCUCCUUACUGCAGAAAUAACCAACCCUGUCCUUGUAGUAUACAAACCAGACGCGCAAAGUUAUUGUCGGUUUGUAGGUAAUAACCAAAUUCAAUUAAAAAGGCAAAACAUCACCAUUCUACCUGUAGAUGAAGGUUCCUUCCCGAUCACGGAAGAAUGUCGUCAGUGUUAAAAUGCAGAUUCGAAACGUCCAUUUACAACGUAUUGAAACACCUCAUUACUCCAAAAAUAUACCAAACCAGUUGUUGCCAGAUUCCUAAAACAGGAUAAACCAACAAUUGUAGGAAAUCAUAUCUAGUCUUUUCUCGGGUGAUCUUGCAUCUUAUUCUGACGACCUGAUCUGCCUCCCGGUCCCUCUCAUCAAGUCGCUAGAUCAGGUCGUCAGAAAAAAACCAACAACUGUCAGGAUAGAUGCAAUUUUAAAUUUUCACAAAGGCGACAUUUCGCUGCGGCCGAUUGUGUUUAAUUAGUGCAAAUCGCCUUAUUUUGCAUCUCGUCGGACUGCAGGAACGAUUAAUUCUCAACAUUCGAAUUAUUCAUCUGAAUGCUAACUCUGUAUGCGACUUUUGAGUUAUUUAUUUCACCGGCGCAUUUGCGCUUCUCCAGUAAGCUUCUGGUUCAAAAGUAAAUGGUUUGAAGUAUUACACAUCAAGACGCGUAGUUUCAUGCCGAAUUUUAUGGUUAAGGUCAUUUGUAAGACAAUUUCAUCGUUUGACUGUUCUAAGAUGUCCACGAUGUGUUUCUGCUGUUAUUUAGAUGGCAAAACUACAUAUGGAGCUUGCAGUUUAGACCCAGGAUACUGUAUCCGUUUCACGAGCUCUUAUCCGUUAGUGCGGCAUUUUACCCCUCAAAUAAUUGUCGUUCGCAAGCUCUGGCCAGUCCCAAGGGGGUCUGCGAUUUAUCACACAACUUUACGUCAGUAGACAGCGUACACUCCGACUUAUCUCUUUGAUUGAGCCGGCUGCCCACAUCUGACUAUCCUGCUUCAACACUAAUUGUGAAAAACGAAAAAUAACAAUCUAUCCAUCACGUCGAAGGUGGCUCGGGAAAUGAUCGUUUUUGGUACCUCUUAUUCAAGCCAUGACGGUUGUUAUGGAAAUAAAGCACACAGGCCUAAAAAAGAUUAGGGUAACUAACAGAUUUGAAGAUUAGUUUUAGACGGGUUUGAGAAGGGAAGAAGACAGAGACGAUAGUGUAAUUUAUUCGCGUUACCGUUGCUUCUAUCGUCGGCGGGAUGUGUUGGCUUAGCAGGAUUUUUUGACAGCCGGUACCAGAUGACCGUUGUCAAUGUGGUGUCCAUGGGCAGAGUAUAAGCGUUUUUUCCGUAAUGCGGUACAAGACACGGCGACAGGUUUUCUUGGCUUGUUUUGCGAAAAAUCAGACGUCCGACUAAUGGAUGUUGCUCCAACAUGACGGGCGGAGUCAUAGAUCUACAUGGGGACAGUCCGACACGAUAAUAAAAAGGAAUUCAUAUCAUAUGAAGGACAGAAAAGUUGCUAAGCAACAAUGUAUAAUGCAUGCGAACAGCCUGUCACGGUCAGUUUUGUCAUUCAAGAACGAACACUAUAUCGUAGUAAACAUCUUCGGCUGUUUAAAUAGCUACAUUAGCCAGCUGAUUAAAUACUGAAAAUUGUCUUUCGCCAACCAAUAAUUUGUUCGGCUUCAUAUUAAAGCACAGUCGUCUUGAAUCCGAAAGGAUGAUGUAAAUCAAGAUAGAACCAGGGGGCUUUUUACGAUCUACCUGAUUCCUUGUAGUGGCCAUUUUUUAAAAUUAUCUAAUAUAUGAAUUUCUCAUUAACUCUAAAUCUUCGAACAAUUGUUGGUUCGUUAAUUCACUUGCAUCUGUCUGCUCAAGGAACUGGACACGGUAAGAUGGUGCCAAGAGGGAUUGCGCCAACUAAUAAAGAGAGCCGAAAACGAACUCUGGUAAGUCAUUGAUCUUUUGAACGAAAAACAGAUGUAUCUUUGUGAAUCUUGUGGACCUGUCUCAGUCUUUUUUGUCCAUCAACUUAUAAAAAAGCAUUUGAUUGCACUAUAAAACACUUGAAUCCAUUACGUGUGCAGGCGCUUGGGGACAUUGCCACAUACGUAUGCUUUAAGUCGGUUGAAAAGCAUUCCCUACGGACGACAUUACAAAAAGGCGAAUGUUUCAAACAAGGCAGAAUUUGAAGGGUUUUGAAAAUUCCCAUGGGAAAACUCAAAAGGCACUUUGGCGAGCACAUGUCUGCUUUUGACAAAUUCUCUUCAGGCCUGUACAUUUAUAUGACUAUCAAACUAAUGGAUUAAAAAAAUACGGGCAAGAAGAUAAUAAUGCUGGGUUAAGGUCAUCUAGGCCUACCCGAUCUAUUAACACACAUUUUCUGGUAUGGCGGCAAUUGACUGGAGCACAGGUCCGACAGUUGCCAUGGUUCAAAGCCACCAAGCCAGCCACCCGCAUAUAAUUACCUUCCCCGGGACCCACCUUCUCCCCGGCGUUGACUACAAUUUUGGGGUUCCACUCUUCCCCUCCCCUCCCUUCCCCAUACUCGAGCUACAGCUUAAUUAUCGGCUAGAUCGCAGUUGGUAGCCAGGAAUGCGGAAGCGGACGGUGACCUUAACUCUAAUCCUAACCUUAACUCUAAUCCCAACCUCAACCUUUAACUUUAACCGUUAACCUUAAGAGCAUCACUAACCCUAACCCUAACCGAAAUCGUAAACGGAAUCGUAGGCCUUAGGCAUAGCCGUAACUGAAAACCUAACCGUAAUACUGAAACCUAAUCGUACGCUCAAACCCUAACCGUACCCCGAAAACCUAAGCCUAAAGGCAUAACCCUAACUCGAAAAACGGAAACCAUUAAUCGGUACCCGAAUCCUAACCUAAAACGUAAAACGGAAGCCAAAUGGGUCAGAUGUGAUUAUGGAACCCCACAAAAUAGUCCAAUUAAACAACCCCCCCUCCCCAGCCACCUGUAAUACGGGGCCAGGCUACCAGCCGUGAUCUGGCCUAAUUAUCUACUUCCCGUAUUUUUAAUUCACUACUUCACUAUCCAUGUAAAUGUACAGGCCCGAAGAAAAUAUAUCGAAAGCAGACGUAUGCUCGCCAAAUUGCCUUUAGAAUUUGAAGGGUGCGCCAAACUGGGAUCGUACGUACAAGCUAAAAGUCCGGGCACGUGUCUUGCCAAUCUUUUUUGCUGUUGCGCAACGAAAAAUUUAGUGUAUGCGGCCCUUGUCUAGUUUAGAAUUUUGUACACGGUAUUUGAAGGCAGGAUAGGGAAUUCAAACGAGACAGGAUCACUGGACGAAGGGGUCAUAGGGUGAGGCCGAUGAACGCGAUGGAGGGGGAGGGGGUACGUUUACCCCUUUCUGACCACCAGGACAGUACGAAGUUAAGAAUGUGAUGAAGCAGUUCGCAGAACAAUGACUGGCCCCUCCGCUUUUCUGUGACCCCCCGAAUUACCUAGACGAUGCGCUGUCGCCGCGCCUAAACGCAUUUUAAACACCGGCUUCGAAACGGUAGUGGAGCUAGUGUGUUCACAAAGUGCUUCCUCACCGAGCUUAUCUGCAUCCUGUUUUCUGCUCUUACCAGCCACUUUAGCACGUGUUCGUCCUAACGGACUGAUAACCGUUUUUGCAUAAUUCAAUGUAUUUGAAUCCACAACUGCAUAUAAAUUCGCAGAAAAACGGUGACGUCUUUGAUAGACCCGACCAGACGUGUUCUUCUACAAAUUAAGAAGACGAGGGUGGCGGUAAUGCAUGUCUGCCUAAUCGUGCUACGGAGUCUUUAUCUGAUUAUACUGGGACGUUAUUACGCUUGAAUGGGAAGGUGAUUUUGGUUGUAUCGUCGGGACGGGCAACCCCGUUAUUCAUACUUUCCUGGCAUGACAAGAGUUCUGUAUGAACUAAGAUGCCCUUGAGGAAAUUGUUCCCGCAAUACAAAUUUAGGAAGAUUGCACUUAUAUGGGAGGAGUUAAGUGGCGGAACGUCAAUUUUCUCUUCUCCUGAAUGCGGGCAAUAUUCUGCAGGCGAUGAUACUGUCCUUGGCGACUCCUGAUAAAUAGGUAUGUAGACAAACCCACUUCCCCUUGUACAUAAAAACAUACAAGAAAGCCACCAUACGCUAUUGUUAAAGCAUCAAUUAAAUGUUUUCACGUAGUCUGCAUGUUUCCGUCUAUUGACGAGGAAAUGUCACCAAUAAAAUUGAUAAAAAACACAGCUCUCGGGAUUUCGACAAAUUUUGGUUCAGUAAUACCCCCUUCAGUAGAGCCCGAUGAACUGUCUACACUUACGCCAUCGGUUGGCCUACAAAACGGUUCAUUAAAAGACUCAACGCUUGUUGUAUACAACUGUGGUAAGCUACGAAACUGCCAUGGUUUAAAACGUACUUAAAAUUCACGAUCAUAUACUAAAUUUAAUGGCUUCAGCGAGCUUCAAAUUGAUGUAGAGACUCUACAAACUCAGUAAAAUCAUAUACUUGUCUCAUGGGUAAAAGACUCUUAAACCAUUUACGAAAACAUGUCCUUCAUUGCGUACACAACAAAAUUUAAACGAAAUAGGUCGGCUUGUUGGGCCAAACAUUAUUCGACGUCAUGCUAUAGGGCAAUUUUCAUUGACAAAAUAGGCGCAGCGACACGUCAGUGUUUUGCAUUUUAGAUAGCUUAAAUAAUUUAGGAAUAUGUGCUUGCGGAGACCUGAGAGAUAUAACUUUUCUUCGUCUAUGAUCUUAUUUCCAUAGCGCUUUCGACUUCCUGCUGAUAAGUUCCUCUAGGCGGCUUCAUGCACCUUAAAACCGAGCUUUUAUUUGUGACGAAAUUAAUUUCCGUUUUAUAUGCAGAAACUCAGACUCAAGACGCAAAUCCCAGCCCGUAGUUUACACAGUCUCAGGCCAAAAGUGUCAAGAAUACAGUCCUUCGGAUCGGUUGUCUAUUCAGUGUCCGGGUUAAUUUAUAGUUGCAUGACUGAUUUGUCUUAACUAGCAAAAGACACGUGUUUCAUGACCUUUGACUACCAGAUCGAGGUGACCGCAUUCAGAAGGUGUGUUGACCAAUUUGACUGAGAUCGAUUCUGCGAGAAAAUAGCCAAAUUUCACGAUUGUGACGAAUCUGCCUAGCCCCUUCUCAUUUGCGAUCCUCGACCAACCAGAAUCUAGAAAUGAGCAUAGCUUCUAAUAAAAUACGGACACGAAAAUGAGAAGUUGGAUGAUAUGCGGUCAGUCAAAGAGGGCGGAAUUAGCUGAUGUCAGUACUAGUAUUCACAAAAAAUACGUCAGGAACCCCUGUUGAAAAUUUGUAGCAGGUAACUGGGGGAGUUUAGACCGACCAAGUUCGUCAUCUGUACUGGCAGGCAGGGGAGUUUUCUGCGGAGGCUUUCUUGUAACAACAUGAAGAGAAGAAAGUCAGCUAGUCUACAGUGAUUCCUGAGACAUUGCCCACGGUUUUGGCAUGGUCUUUGUCUGCCUUCAUAAUGGUCUAAUUUACCCAAGGAACAGGUCAUGUGGAUAUCGCAAGCGCAGUGCAACGUGCAACUUCUCAGAGUGAUAUCCCCAAAAAGUGUCAAGACGAUGUGCAUUUAUCAAUCACAGGGUCCCUAGACGUGGGCCAAACGAACCUGGCAAAUAAUUACGACUUUUUGAUGCUAUGAAAUUUUCGGACUGAUGUUCAUUUAAAUUUAGGACUUCAUAAUUGCAAGGGUCACAGACGAUGCGUCAACCGUAAAAAGGAUUGAUAUGACAAUUGGAGUAAGGCAGGCAUGAGCAAUUCAGUCACCGGCAGUCCACAGUGCGGAUGGACGUAUGAUGGAACAAACAGCACUGGAUUGACAUAAACUGCCCGACUAAUGGAUAGUUGCUCGACAGUCGACAAAUAACGAGAUAAACCAAAAUAUCGAAUGCCAGGAGAGAAGAACUUUAUUCUGAAGACGACAGGAUACUUGAGGUCAUUAAAAGAAUAAAUAUAGAACACAACAAAAGUGUCUUUCAUUCGGAUGGGGAAAUCUUAUGCUGACUUUCAACACGGAAAAGGUGAUGAUGUGCACCAAGCAGUGCCAACUGCGGAUUGCCUUUUAUGCACGGUUACCGUCGACAAAUGUCCCCAGACGGGAAUCAACAUCUCGAUGAUAAUCUACAUCGGCAAGUAAACUGUGGUUUCGAUUUCUAGAGCCAGGUAUGCCUUCUGUAGGGUGCAGUUUCAGACCCCGAAAAAUAUUUCCAACAAGGACAAAAACAGUUUCGGAUGCUCGCGGCAUCCUCCUCAGUAUGAAGCUGAGGACGUUUAGGACUGCCAUCCUGAGAAGGAUCCUUUAUGGGGUAGAGACCAAGACAAUUUCUCAAGGCCAGCGGAAGAACCGAGCCGGUUCCAAUUCAAUUAAUUUCGGCGGAUACCGCGCAUGCAUAGGUCAGAACGGAUCCUUGGCAACCCGGAUCAUGGAAUCGACUGACAUGCUCAUCGGCUUUUUCAUACUUAUGCAGAGCCUAAAUCAAUGGAAUGACAGCAUCGUGAGGAUAGCCGAUGAGCACCUAACAGGGACUCCGUUACGGUCUCUCGCGAACAAGCGACGCACAAGACCUCACCCAGGGGUCUCAAAGCUAACAAAAAUUCUGGAAAAUGCCUGUAUAUGACCAGCAAGUUGGAAAUAUUGUUGAAUAGCCAGCAACGACAUUUUCUAAACGGACCGAAUGCAGGGCCUAGGGUAAAGGGGCAAGGAAAAAGGAUUUGGAUAUAGUGACUCAAAUCCUUUUUGGCAAUAGCCCUACUGUGAGCGCCCGCUCAAGCACUGAUUUGACCUUGUUGCAUGCCUUCUUACUCACAACAAUUUCAAACCAUCUAACUCAUUCCGGUUUUAUAGAACGCUGUCAUUUUUUAAGAAACUUCUCCCACUUCAUCGCGUAGCCUCCAUAUGUUACGGUUACGGAUCCCGCUUAAUAACCACAUUACUUAUGCCAUCAGGGCAACUGACAGCAAUAUCGGAACAGUUCCAACCUGUUCCUCCUACAACCACCCAUUAACUUGGUUGUACAUCCGCAAAUUCGCUGUAUCAUGACUAAAGAACUGCUUUAAACCUCCCCCCCCCCAACAUCCGGAAAGUUCCUUCUAUGUGUCCUUGGACAACCUGAUCCUGCGAUGCUUGUCUCCAACGUUGACCAACGUAGGUGGAACACUCCACAAAGUGGCUGCACCAACUAGACCCACGCACAUUAUGUCCAACUACAAAUUUCUUUGCAACCACAACUUUACUCUUGGAUCUUCGCCAUUUGCCUAACAUCCAGUUAGCCUCUUCCCACCCUCAAUGAUCAUAUCCUGUUGAACGGCAGCGUCAGCAGUGACACUCCAUCCAUCGGACAUCUCCUAUCGCACCUACCACCAGAGCACUCCAUUCGCUACCCUAGUAUUAAGUGAGUGUGGUGUACGAGCUGUUGUGAGAGGGGACCCGCAUUGUAUUUGUACGGUCGCACCAGGUUCGUCGAUGGGUUUGGACUAUUAUGACCUGCUGCACAUGCGCUUCCGACAAUUUCCAUGUACGAAGGUGUGGAGUAGGCAACGCCAACUGGGCCUGGUAGUGCAGGCACGAUUAUUGUGUUAAGAAACACCUAUAGGCAGUAUACUGACCGUCUCCGCCGAAUGAAUAGUCCUGGGGACUACUUUUGCUUCGCCCCGUUUCGGCACCUAACUCCCACGAAGUCGUGCUUAGAACAGCGGGCACAACCUGGUAACCCUCUUUGACCGGCGAGGCAACCCAAAUGAGAAAGACCAUUGUGUACCUGCCUUCACGGUCGGUAGUCCCUGAACUGCUUUUAGCAUUCCCUCUCAACCCCGAAACAGAAAUGUCCUGCGGAGAGGACGACAUGUCAUCUCCUAGGCAGCCCGGGCUAACUCGGGUCGUCUUUCCACUAAAGUCUUGACGCAUAUUGACAUUCAACGACAGCCUGGGAUGGCGUAGUAAUCCUGGUUAGGGAUAGCACUGUUUAUUUCUGGCAGGGUGGGGGCCAACAAAGGUGUUCUUAAAUUUCUCCUUAAACACGCCUUCGGCAAUCUAAGUGUGGCUUGUAGACGCAAAAAAUUGCGAUCAAAAAAUUAUAAAAAACGAGAAACGCCGUCCCCUUUCUAGUACCCCUCGUAGCUGUCAGCAUGAGCAGCGUCACUCUGGCGACCCGGAAUGUUCGCUUACUUUUAGGAAAUCCGAUGAUCUGCCGUUCGAAAAGGAGAAGGUGAAUAUCGCGGCACUCGGUUGAUUCACUCCUCUGAGCAGACCCAGCUGGAGAAGGUGGAUGUCGGAUACAUCGUUCUCUGGAGCACACAUCCAAAGGCAAGGCGAUGAUAUGCCCAAGUCGCCUUCGCCAUCAGUAACGACAUCGUGAGACGACUAUCCUGCCUGCCGCAUGGCGCCAAUAGCUGCUUCAUAAUCAUGAGAUUGCCACUCCGCGGGAGCAAAUUCGCCACCAUCGUCAGUUCCUAUACCCCACCAGUGACCAACUCCGGUGACGUAAAAAACAAAUUCUAUGAAGACCUGCACGCCCUCCUAGCAGCUAUGUCAAAGACGGACAAACUGAUUGUCCUUGGUGACCCCGAUGCCCGCGUCAGCACAGAUCACGCUGCCUGGGAGGGAAUGUUCGGUUGCCAUUAGAUCUGCAGUUGCGAUACCAAUGGCCUUCUCUUCCUGCAGGUAUGUGCGGAACAGAAUCCUCUCCCAAUCGUCAGUAAAUCCGCAUAUUCCGAUGGAGGCGGCCAGCACAGCAGAGGCUGCGGGAAAUCCUGAACGACUGGCUGACUCUUAAGACUAAGGAGGCCCAGGGAUAUGCCGGCUGUGGUGAGGUGAAAUUUUCUUCGCUGCUAUCAAAGCAGUCUAUGAUCCACAUGUCAAGGAGAAUGUGCCACUGCUGAGCCAGGAUGGUGCAACCUUCCUGACAGAGAAGUCACAGAUCCUGAAGCGCUGGGUCGCGCACCCGCGCACUUCUAGGGCGCCCUCAACCAUCCUUCGACAAUGUGCGAGAAAGAGGACAUGAGGCGGAAUGUAGACCUAUUCGCCUCCGAUUGCUCCAAAUUCGGCAUGACUAUCGGUACGGAGGCGACACUGGGCCUGCACCAGCCAGCGCCAAAUGCCAACCACACCGAAUCCUGCGUAAACGUUGAUGAAACUUAUCCCACAGCGGUGGAGGAAUUAGCGUAUAUUGGUAGUACGAUUUCUAGAAACGUGGAGAUUGACAGCGAAAUCAAAUUCGGCUCUCUAAAUUCCGCCAAGCCUUUGGCCGGGGAAAUUAUCCCAUCUGGAACCGUCGCAGCAUCUUUGUCGACACAAAACUGAGGAUAUAUAGAACUGCUGUGCCGACAACGUCCUUGCACGGGACGGAGAUGUAGAUUGUUUAUGGAGUCGAAGAAAGGCAACUCAGUCAUUGUCACCCAAGCUACCUCCAAACAAUAUUUACGGUAAAGUGUCGGGAAAGGAUCCCAGAUACUGAGGUCAUAGGAAGAAUCGGUUUCCUCAGUAUUCUUUCUAUUCUAAGCCAGAUACAACGGUGAUAGAGUAGUCACGUAGAGCAGAUGAACUGCGAUCGUUCACCCAAGCGGCUAUUCUAUGGCGGCGUGGAUAUAGAGGUGUGUUGACAAGGCGGCCAGAAGCAUUGCUGCAAGGACAGCUUGAAAUCUCGCCUAGACACCUACAAAUCAAGGAGACCUGGGAUGAACCCGUUCAAGAUCGACAGGGAUGGUGCACUGUCGUGAAGACUGAAGUAGCCGCCUUCGAAACUAACCGAGUAACCGUUGCCAGGGGGAGAACGGAGGUCUGAAAGACUUGAGCGAUGCGGACUAAUGAGUCCAGCACUCAAGCCCUGCCAUCGUGUUCACACUAUCAACGGACAUUUUGGGCAGGGAUCGGCAUUGUUGGACAUCGGGGGACCCAAUGCGCUGUCAACAUGACCCACCCACCCUUCAUCUUGCAAUACACCAACCUUACUAACACCACGACGGAAACGCCUACCGACCUACAAAUCUGAAGCAUUUUUCCCCGGUAUGAAUUGAAAACAAGCAUGUACAGCAGAAUUUAUUGGGGCCAACAAAUUUCGUGACGGCUUUUCAACUACAACCCGUCUCUGCAAAACAUAGGUAACGAAUGAACGCGCACAGCAGUAUGAAUUUGUACAGAAUGGCAGUGCAUAGGAGCAAGGUCAAAGUUCAAAAUAAUCAAUAAUCAGCUAAGACGUCCACAUAAGAUUCAAAAAGGAAAAAAGGAAAACGAAAUGUUAACAACAAAUCACAGUUAGAUGAAAAUAGAGGCGUGAGAUUACCAGGGCAAUUGCAGAUUGAUCACGUGAUCUAACUGCUUGCACAGGUCUGGUUUCUCCCUCCGUAUGUAGGCUGCUUCCAAAUAACGCAAGGUUCGAGUUGUACGUGCUCGGACAAGUACUCGAAAGGAUGCUUUAGGGUCGACAACAUGACCGCUAUCUAACAAGUGUUUCGGUAUAGACGAACGGGGGGUUCUAUUUUCCUGUUUGAAAAGCCAAUUAGGCAAAUGCUCAGCGGCCCUGGUUGCCAAUUGCCUUUGCGUUCGCCCAAUGUACUUGCAUCCGCAAGUGCAUGUGAAUUCAUACACACAAUUGGGGGUGGCGUGCAUUGGCAAGGCAUCCUUUGCCCGGUUAAUUGGAAGGCUUUUUGUGGAACUGAUGAAGAUAAGCUCUGCUGCGUUGUACGUUCUUUCUAUAGUGCAACGCAAGCGUCGCUUGAUUGUGUUUUAGACGUUGUCACCCUUAAAAGGUAGACAUAUUAUAACGGGCUUCUUCGGAACGGACUGUUCCGUCAACUUUGGCCGUAAAUGGUUGCUGUACUUCUGAAUGAAGCGUGCAGGAUAACCACGAUUAAGUAAGGCUUCUUUGAUAAGGGCCGUCACGAAAUUUGUUGGCCCCAAUAAAUUCUGACCUACAAAUCAUCGCCACUGCCUCUGCCAUCACCAAUAAGGACCAAAGUUAAACCCGUCGUCUUUGCCAUCGCAUCGUCUCAGCAAGCAUAGACCUGGACGGUCAUCUACAAAUCCGUCACAUAGAACCGAAGAACCCAUGCAUUUAUCCACGACCUACAUCCGCCAUGCACGUCUCAUCUGCAUAAAAUACCCCAGGAAGUUCAUAAAUCGCAUAGAUCUACUUGGCUAUGUGCUUGUCCGUUAUAGCGGAAUUCUCCACAACGUUGUCACGACAAAACUACUUACAGCUAAAAAUUCCUCUAUCACUAAGACUACCAACUCCGCGACUACCAGUGUUUCCACCACCGACAGUUCAGCCGUCGUACCCCGCGACGCCCAGCGUGUGCUUCGCAGCCAGGUGAAGCAGGCACGGUGACUUGCGCACGAAUUACUUUAUAGCAAUGGGCAACAUCUACCGCGUUCUUCCCUCCUCGCCACCUGGACCCGGUGUCAAGACAUAGUCAAGAAGGUCGGAGGUGAGAAAAGGUGCAGGUGGUUGACACAGCCGGACCCGCACCUGGAUGUAUCCCCACACCCCUUGUUCUACAACAAACAGUUGACCAGGAUUUCAACCAACUACAGCAUCAAAACGGAUCAGAAAUAUGAGGAUGACUGGACAGCUAUGCUCACGACCUGUAUACCCCAGCGGGAGCGCAAGCGCAUCUACCGGCAGGAAACCAGGUGUCAGAACACACCAGGCUGCGAGGGCCAUGGUUUGCUGAUCAUGGCAUAGCAGACGCAUACUAUCCUUAAGGGUAACACGCAGCCCUGCAUUUACCCUGGGUCAUCACACUUCAAAGGCUACGUACCCAGUCAGUCGUCGUCUGAGAGAUUGCCAUCACUAGUAGCACCGACAUCCCACCAGCUCACUAGCCACCACACAUUUGUAUUACGUAUCGGCCUGGUUGGGCACUUGCUGAUCCAUCGCACUGAUGUCGGGAAGGACAGUACAUAUCCAUUGGACCUGUUUCCCCCGCACACUCUGCCCAAGAACAUUUCACUAUAGCAUUGUCCUAUCCAGCCAUAUGUGUCUUCAUGAACAUCUUCGGCAAAACAUCGCAGACCCCACCACAAGCCGCUCCACCAGCACACACCGCAAACGAACCCACAUCACAACACGUACAGCACAGAGAGAGCGUGCACCGUCCACGUCAGCGAGAAGCAUGUUCUUUGGUGCAAGCUGGCGAGUGACCAGGUCGCCGGUGGCACAGGUUGUUCACCUCUGCCAGGCACUGCGCACGAGCAUGCCUCCGGUUAUUAUAGCGUUGUGCUGCCACCGGACCCAGAUGGGUGAGGAAGGAGAGGCUGCCCUAAUCUACUUCAGUAUAAGCUAAUUCACGCGCAAGUAAUUGUCUGACAUCGUUCACUUCCUGGGACACGCAGUGAACAUCAUCGUUCCUGAUGGUCGGGCCAUCGUACGUGAGCGUUAUCAAAGCAUGAAGUAUAUCAUUAGCAUCACCGAAACAACGCUAAUAUGUUUUUGCUGCGACUACGCUCCUUUCAUGCCUUAGCUCAUCCUGACACCUAAAAUCCACUGUAACAGGUAUGGAGACUUCUGGCCAACAUUCGUCCGGUCAGUUUUCCCUUCACGUACUGCACCUGCACAUUUAACUUUCGCGUGGACCUAUUUGAUUAUGCACGGGUAUGAACUUAUCCACAGAAGUAUACUUGUAUUUGGUAUUGGCUGUGGCCAUGCUUGAUCUAGCUGGCCUUGAUGAUGUCACGGACUGUCCCUCUCCACGCGGGAGAAGCCUAGGACAGCUCAACCAAUAUUCUUUGCCAGCGACAAAUACCGAAUGCCCAAGAACCACGUCCAUGCCUCGACGGACUGUUUCGAGACAGAACUUGAGUUUAUCCCCUCCUUGAAACCUCAAGUGCAGCAGUACUGAGCUCGUGAGGUGGACGAGGAGAAAUGUGCCAAAGCCAUCUCAGUUGUCUUUUUGGAUGACCUAGGAUAUACCCACGAUGUCGCAGUGAGUGCGGUCUGUCUCAGUUGAGAAGAAGUCGGUGUACUUCACUUGAAGAAUGGUCUUCAAGCAGUGGUAGUCAAAUACCUCAUUUUUUCGUCCAUCUUUCGACCGCACAGCCCGGCAUUAACAACCGCAGGGAUGGACUGGCCGGAUGGAUGCACGAUACACGCAAAUGUCUCGGAAAUGUCACAUCGGGUCCAUAGACACAUUCCAAGGCCUGAAAAAAAACCCGGGAGCAGCACCGAUUCGGUAGACGAUGCCAUUAUUAUUCUGUCCAUUCGGCAGGAGAAAUGUCCCCGUUUGUAUUUUUCAAUCACAAAAAUCAUGGGAUACGGUGUAUCGACGCAAAUAAUAACGGAUAAUAUGUUGUGUGUGAAUGUCUGGGCAACUGUGUCGGGCAAAGUUCUUAGACAACACCAGCCACUGCGACUAAUAUUCCUCCGCAUUCGCCUUACUUGUGACGUACCACUGAUACAUUGGAGGGGGAAGGGAUUGUCAGGCUGACCUAGCUUCAAUAUGGUCCAUUGUAUCCUCGCUGUAAGCAACCUGAUUGGCUUUAAGCGAUCGCGACAGGGCUGUGAACUUUGGGAACUGAUGGGAUAACACCGGCCUCAUUCAAACUAUGAGCCAUCUUGCAAUUAUUUCUAUGCAAUCUGACCUUCGUAACAAUACUCUUUAUUCAAGAAUUCGGGAUCAAUUUGUUUUUAAAAUGGUUCGUGUUCGUGCGGGGACCGGCGUGUGUGCGGUACACAUAGGCCGUGAUUAUGCUUCGUUGACCAGGCAAUCAGGUCUACUUCCAGAACUCUUACCACUGCCUUGUCAUUUGGGUAGUUUGAACGUUAAGCGAAGUUGGGGUAAAUGCGGAAAAACUGUCAAUUGCAAGAACCUCAACUAAUUCGUACAUUUUUACUGCGCUUUCUGGAUAUUAAUAGUCCUAGUCACUUGUAACGAAUGAACAGUUGAGUUGGUUGAAGCUGUCGCCAAGCAGCGAGCCAUCAAAACAUACGCAAUAAAUGACUGGGGCUUUCUUUUUGUAUUUUUACAAAGCAGUUACUCUCAGGAAUUCCAUUUGAGAACUGACAGACUUGAGGUAAAAUUCAUAUUUGUUUUCACCAAAGGAAUCAUCACUAGUAAAAGACGACCUCGAUUAGCGGGGAGUUUUGAACCAUGCUCCGAAAAUAACUGAACUAGUCAUUUUACCGCGAACUUUCCCAGAGUUUCGAGUAUCGUCAAAAAAACUAGUGAAUAAAACGAUUGCUUACUAGUAGAACGCCUGUGGUACUUGCCCCGCAGGUUUUGUACACUGAGCCAGAGUCAACAUAAAACGAAGAGAUAGACGCCAUAAUUUACGAUGAAGGAAUUUUAUGUAUCAAUCAGAUGAUGGGCAUGACCAAAGGCAUUACUGUGUGAAAUUUCAGGUCAUUACGGGAGGCGAAACACGUUCUGGAAAAGGAUAUGGCUGACAAGUUUUCUGCUCAGGAAAUCGAUGUGAGAGCAGCAGAGCUCAAAAAUUCCUCCCCACAGCUUGGCAGCUACAGUGCGACGGAGCUCGUGGACACAUGGUUUGAUCUAUAGCAUUUUAUACUUCGAUCAUACCAUUGGACUACGUACUUUUUAAGUUUUUCUGUGCUACUUUGAGCCAUAGACUUGAAGACGUAGUGAAAACUCCAGCGUUAUCAUCCUUCUUGCUUUUUAAGCCCAAAAUCAUCCGAGAAUGCGAAAACUGACAUUUAACCCGCUAUUGGCUACUCAGACAUACCGUUAUUCGCAUGCCAGUGAGCAGUACCAGUCCAAUAAGUCAUCUAAGCCUUAAUUGUCUGAGUUUGAUCUGUGAACACACAAAAUAAACAGAUUUCGACCCUGAGAUUGGCCUCUAUAAGUAUCAGUUAUAAAUUCAGUUUUCGAAGAAGGGACCCGGAGAAAUUUUCCACAAAAGUGGACACGUUGGAACGAAACUACACGAACUCACCUCCGUUUUAUACUAAACCAAACAUUCGACAGCAAAUAAAACGUUUAUACUAAUACCGAUGUUCAGCCGCGGGAGGUUUCCGUGAUGGAGAUUUAUUUUUCGACAAAACAGAGCCUUUCAAAACCUCUCAUCAGAGUGAUGAAAACCAAGCACAGGUGCUGUGAAAUUAGAUUCGCUCCGACAGUAGGGUUAUCUUAUAGCUUGUUCGUCGGUGCCAGCUACUAUAGCGAAGCCAGUACGCUCAAAGUUAUCGGUAGUAUGUCAUUGCCGACAAUGACAAGGGAGACUGGAGUGGCCAUUUCUGGCUUAUUAGCCGUCGACUGGCUGAAGACGGCUAAUAAGCCAGAAAUGGUCACUCCAGUCUCGCUUGUCUUUGUCGGUAAUGACACACUGCCUAUUUCAUGCUCCGUUGUGCGGCUGUUGGCUGGACUCGAGAGAAACCCCCUGGGCACAAUGAAACGAGUGUGUUCCAUAAGAACGAUCGGUGAGCGCCCCCUACCAUCUUUUGUUAUCGUUUUCAUGCGAGAUAAGAAGACUACUUUGAGACUCACAGGAAAAACAGACUGGAAAGCAAAUAUCAAGGGGGCUGUGUAGCUAAAGUUAGGUAGAGGAAAUUGGAUCCAGAAACUAAUAACAAAUAAAUAUUCGGGUAUAUAGACACAAACCCACUUUUAUGCAAGCCGUCGAAUGAACCCCACGAGCAUCGAUCAGGGUUAGGAACCGUAUUUACUAUAGCAAAGCUGGUACGCACAGAGUUCUUUUGUCAUAGUUUUGAUGGGAGAUAAAAGGACCACUUUGAGACUCAAGGGAAAAACACACUUAAAAGCAAAUAUCAAUGGAGCAUGCUUUUCCAAACCGUCGAAUGGACCCCACGAAAUCACUUUGCAGGCAGAAGCAUCCAUCCUUUUUAAAGGACUAGUGUGUCCGACAACAGCCAACGUUAGUUAGAUAUUAGAGUUGAAUUUUUGACUGCAAACCGUGAAUGUCAAAAUCCAGUGCUUCGUACCGUAGGUGAUUGAAGUACGUCUGAUUGAAGAGAACUAUCUUGAUGUCUGUUGGUUGUCCGCAUGGUUGAAACUAUGGUGAUCAAAGUACUCUCUUAUCACGAUUUUGGAGAGUUAAUUAAAUGACGUUUUUUAUUACAACGAGGUGAAAGCGUUUUUCAAAUGUUGGUCGCCACUAGCAAUCGAUAAUUGGGGACCGUUUUUGCAGAUUGUGGAUUUCAGUAAGCCUAACUUUUAAAACGGAUCGCACACAUAGGCCAACCCAACUCUAAAAGAAGUGUAAAUCAUUGUUUCUGCAUGAUUACUGAUCAGCUUAAGCAGCCUUCGGGCGGUGAGAACUUUAAGGUCGAGAAAUCACACUUAACCUGUCUGAGUGCAUUCGAUUUUUAGAUUCCUAAAUUCCGUUCGUUAACUUCCCACAUCUUGCCAUCCGCAGCUGCACAGUCCCUUUAACUUGGAAGGAGUUCACAAGUAAGAACUGCGAAGAGUCCAAAAAAUGUCGCCAGGUAAGCACCAAGCUACGAGAGGAAACUACACGUUACAUGAGAACGGCUGUGAACGCACUGGCCAGCGGCUGGGCAGAAGCUAGCGCCGCCCUCUCAGCCCGCAUCCGUGAGGUCACGACAGCUAGAUGCGAGAUCGUAGAAAGCCUUGAAAAGGUGAGGCUCUUAAAUAAAUUGUGGAACGGAUCUAAAAUACAGACUUUAACAUAGCGGUCAAUUGGAUGCCUCAUUUUCCCAACAGGUUUUGACUGAGAUUUCGGAAGUGGAGGGCAACAUCGAAAUGUUAAAGAAGUGCAUUGCAGAGAAAGAAGCGCCGAGGCGAGUUGCAGAGACCCGACUGAGUCUACGAUUGAACCGUACAGGUUAUGAGAACUGUCGGGAUUCUGCUUACACAAGGUAGGCUAAAUAAAUAAAGCCAAAAAGAAAACAGAUAAAGAGUAUGGAGACACUCAUUCAUAAACAGAUUUCGCAUUCUAAUCUCUUCUCUAAAUAUAAAGCAAAGCUUGCCUUACAGUAAAUUAUCUAAUUACUUCGGCAAAUACGCAGAUGACACUUCCGAGGUACGCCGAAAAACUUAAACAGGGGAUUAUUAGGAAAAUGGAAGUCACAAAUAGCAUGAAAACUUAGUAGAGAACAGCUUUUGGUCAGAUGAAUUAGAUGGAACGGAAAUACAUUUGGACGACUCAAACAUUAGGUCAAUAAACUACCUGAAUAAUCAUCAAAAUUAUGUUUCAUAGUUCAAUGCCAGAUUCCAAUAAGUCUAAAAGACCGGAUUAGUGUGUUCAACCACCUCGGGUGGUUUAUGGAGCACAGACGUCCCAUAAAAAUAGAUAAGGAAGAUCCCUAUAAUUAUCUCUUGUUGUUGUUUCCUAAGUUAUGGUAUUUUUUUAUUGAUAUAUCAAUUGAGUUCAGUCAUUUUUACGAGGGUUGCAUUUUAAGAUAGCUCUACUGCCUACCGCCUUUUAGGCGGUAGGCGGUAGGGCUUCGACAUAGUAGAUUCGACAUAGUAGACUUCGACAUAGUAGAUUCCUCAAAAUAAUCCGUUAAAAUAAAUUUUACAUAAAUAAGCUACUAACAGACCACUGCUUACUUGUCAUGAUUUUCCAAAAAGCCGUUGGGAAUCAUUUAAAAAUGUCAACUAACAUAGCUAAACUAUUCUAUCUUUGAAUAACACCUACACAGACAUAUAUGUGCAUGUGAAAAACCCUUUCAUGUUCACUUGAUUAAGGUUGGUGGAGGAACUGCCUGAAAUUGGUGAAACCACGGACAGUUUGCAAUCAGCACUGAGAAAGAGUGAGAAGAUUCUACAAUCACUCUUCAGUUUCAAACGGCUCCUGGAAUGCGAUCUUCAGCGAAAACUAAACAGCAUCUUCAUUGAUAACGAGAAGU